AUGCGUGAACAGAAAUUCAUAAUUACUUUAUUAAUUCUUACAUUCCAAAUCUACGCCAUUACUGCCCAAUUACCCGGAACCACUACGCCAGGUACAAGCACAUUACCAGGGGCUGGUGGAAUGCCGCCAAUGGGAGGACAAGGUGGUGGAGGAGAACGACCAAAACUUCCAUUCGGGGAUAAGAAGCUAGGAAACCCGUCACCAACAACACCGCAAUCACAGCAUUCAGAUUCUCAACCGCAACCCAAUUUACCGAUAAAUCAACAACAACCUAACCCGCAAAUAAAUCAGCAACAACCAAACUCACCAGUAAAUCGUCAACAACCCAAUUCGCCAAAAACGUCACCGGUUCCGACGGUUGGUUCGAAUGCAGUCACUGACCAGAACGCGCAAAUUAAACCACCUGUAAGCACACAACAGACACCCAGUCCCUCUACAAAUGCUGUCAAACAUUCUAAUUCACCACAAAAUGACAGUGGUCCGCAUUUCAACGAAACAACAUCAACAUCGAACGGGAGCUUUAGGAAUGUGGAUUGUAAUGGAUUAACGAUGGGAAUUGUAAUGAUAAUGAUGAGUUUGUGGAUUAAUGAUAUGCUUUAA